GUGAAUACGGAAUACGUAUCUGUAUUGCGCAAUUUCCGCAAGCGGUGCAGUCUGGGGUUCUGCUGCACACAACACAGGGCUGGCGCAACUGGCUAGCUAGCUGACCACUUGAAAUGGACGUGUUCUUAAUGAUCCGGCGUCACAAGACUACAAUCUUCACAGACGCCAAAGAGUCCACCACAGUGUAUGAGCUGAAGCGCAUUGUUGAAGGAAUCCUUAAGAGAACGCCUGAAGACCAGAGGCUCUACAAAGAUGACCAGCUGCUAGAGGACAGCAAAACCCUUGGUGAUUGUGGAUUCACUAACCAGACUGCCAGACCUCAGGCCCCAGCUACAGUUGGUCUGGCUUUCCGCAUAAAUGACGAGAUGUUCGAACAGCUUCACAUUGAGGCCUUCUCCAGCCCCCCAGAACUCCCUGAUGUGAUGAAGCCUCAGGACUCGGGUAGCACUGCUAAUGAGCAGGCCGUGCAGUGAUGAUGGGGAGAGAGGAAACGAGCAGUGGAGAGGAGGAUGGAAAUGGGUGUGUGUGGAUUCACUGCAGUGGAGAAGUAGUAGGGUGGAGAAUAUGUAAUAUAAUAUAAGUUGAUGGAUGGGGACGUUAAGGGUAACCAAACCUAUCCAUGUUACCUUCAUGCUAUCAUCCCAGCAUCACAACCUCUCCCCUCCUCCUGAAAAUAGCUUCACAAAUCAUUUUUAACCUUUUUGUCCCCACAUCACAUGCAGUUCUGCUCCUCGAUUUUGCUCUUAAUUACCAACCUGCUCAAAGAUUUUGAGUAAAGAAGUUGGUUUUGGAAAGUAUGAUUGUUUUGUGAGUGUGAGUUAUUCUAAUUAUUAUCUUUAAUAUUUUGGAAAAGGUGAAGGCGUAGUUGUGUGUCACAGUGAUCUAGAAGUAACACGUGUAGGUAAGGAGUCUGGUGUCUGAAUCGGCAAACUGCAUGAACAAGUUUAAAAAAAAAAGGCUUUAUUUUCACAUGAACAGAUGAACCUUCAACUACUAAGUUUCCUUGGUCUGAUUUUCCCAGUUUUGUUGUACAUUUCUGAUUUGAUUUCAUACCAAGAAAGAAAGUCUUUAUGGUUCUUGUGUGUACAUUUAUGUUGUCAUUUUGUUUGUUUUCAGUAUGUCAGUUCUUUGUUGUGUGUUUAAUGCACUGAGACCAAAGGCAGGUACCUCUUUGACAACAGAGGGACUUUUUAUUUGGUCAAAGAACAUUUGUUUGUGACAUACACUGUCAACAGGAGAAGAAUUUCUGAUGUUACAACUUCCUUUUAAAAAUAUACCACAUGUCACCAACAUAAAUGUGGCCCCCUCCCCUAAUCACACAAACAUAGCCUGUAACUGUGAGCUUGCUUAAUUAAAGUUUUUUCCUGUUUUCUUUUUUA